GUGUAGUCUGGAGAGAGGAAGGGUCUGUUCGGGGCUCAAAUACAGCUGCGCUUGGUCACACUUUCACGCUGGACGUCAGCGUGUCAGGCACUGCUGCUAUCUUCCCCUCCCAGCUCACCCAAGCCUUCCGAGACGCUCUCAUGUCAUCUGGACCGCGCAACGCUACCCUCAGCAACUAACAACCCGGAGGUGCACUCUCUCAAAAUCCAACUCCUCUUGCCCUCAGUAUUACUGCCAUACCCAUUCAUUGUCCGAUUGCGAGAGAGCGCAAUUUAAAAAAGGAAAGAGAAAAAAAAAAAGAAGAAAAAGACCCACAGGGCUUUUUGCUUGUAAUUCUGAUCCCCCUCGCGCCGGGCUUGGAGGCAAUUAAGUCCACUCUCGUCUGCCUCAUUCGGAACCAGGCACUUUAACAGCAAUGGAGUACCUCAAGUUUUGCGUUGUGUUUUCGUGCUGGAUGACGUGCUCAAACGCAGUUGUGUCCACUGACACACUUCGGGGUCCUGCGCCUAUCCCUAAUGAAAAAUUGCUUGUCCUCACUGUGGCCACAGAAGAAACCGAUGGCUUCCUUCGCUUCAUCCAAUCUGCAAAUUAUUUCAACUACACUGUGAAGGUGUUGGGAAUGGGAGAACAAUGGAAGGGCGGUGAUGUUGGCCGCUCCAUCGGUGGAGGACAAAAAGUCAGACUACUGAAGGAGGCCAUGGAAGGUCUAGCUGACCAGGAGGACCUCGUGGUCCUCUUUGUAGAUAGCUAUGAUCUUAUCUUCGCCGGAGGUCCACAGGAGAUUCUCAGGAAGUUCCAACAAGCCAAUCACAAAGUCAUUUUUGCUGCCGAGGCCCUGAUCUGGCCAGAUAAGCGACUGGCUGACAAAUAUCCGUCGGUCCGCAGUGGCAAGCGGUACCUCAACUCGGGAGGAAUAAUUGGUUAUGCUCCAUACAUGAACCGAAUGGUUUCACAAUGGAACCUUCAGGACAACGACGACGACCAGCUCUUCUACACGAAAAUAUUUGUGGAUCCACUGCAAAGAGACUCUCUCAACAUGACACUGGACCACAAGUGCCACAUUUUCCAGAACCUGAAUGGCGCAAUUGACGAAGUGCUUCUCAAAUUUGGAACCAACCGUGUGAGAGUGAGAAACACAGCGUACGACUCCCUGCCGGUGGUCGUCCAUGGCAACGGGAAUACUAAAAUGUACUUGAACUACUUGGCCAACUACGUGCCCAACGCAUGGAACUACGAACACGGCUGCAGCCACUGUGACGACGAUGUCGUGGAUAUGUCUCUGUUGAAAGAGUACCCCAAAGUGCUCCUCGGAGUUUUCAUCGAGCACCCGACGCCGUUUCUGCCUGAGUUCUUCCAACGGUUGAUGACAUUGGAUUAUCCCAAAGAUAAACUUCAUGUUUUUGUCCACAAUAACGAGGUUUACCAUGAGAGGCACAUGCAGAAAUUCUGGGAGGAACAUCGGAACGUCUUCGGCACCUUAAAAGUUGUUGGACCGGAAGAAAAUCUCAGCCAAGGCGAAGCCAGAAACAUGGCCAUGGAUCUUUGCCGCCAAGAUGCCACAUGCGACUUCUACUUCAGCAUCGACUCAGACGUGAUGCUUACCAACGCACAGACUCUGAAGCUCCUCAUUGAGCAGAACAGGAAAAUCAUCGGCCCACUUGUGACUCGCCACAACAAGCUGUGGUCCAACUUCUGGGGAGCGCUGAGUCUGGACGGUUAUUACGCCCGCUCGGAAGAUUAUGUGGAUAUUGUGCAGAGGAAACGAAUGGGGGUGUGGAACAUUCCUUACAUGGCGCAUAUCUACCUGAUCCAGGGGGCUGUUUUGAGGAAGGAGUUGAAAGAAAGGAACUACUUUGUUCUUGAGAAACUGGACCCUGAUAUGGCUUUGUGUAAACACACCCGAGAGCUGACCAGUCAGAGAGAAAAAGAGUCCCCUUCUCCGGAAUCAUUCCAUAUGCUCAGGCCCCCAAAGGGAGUCUUCAUGUACUUAACAAACCGCGAUGAAUUUGGGAGGCUCCUUUCCGCAGCCAAUUAUAACACUUCUCACUAUAACAGUGACUUGUGGCAGAUAUUCGAAAAUCCCCUGGACUGGAAGGAGAAGUACAUCCAUCCCAACUACAUGAAAAUCUUCACAGAGAACUACUUGGAAGAGCCUUGUCCAGAUGUGUUCUGGUUUCCGGUCUUCACGGAAAAGGCCUGUGAUGAAAUUGUGGAGGAGAUGGAGAACCAUGGUUCGUGGUCCGGUGGCAAACAUGAGGACAAGAGGAUUGCUGGUGGCUAUGAGACAGUCCCAACGGACGACAUCCACAUGAAGCAAAUCGGCUUUGACAAAGAGUGGCUUCACUUUAUCCGAGAGUUCAUCGCACCUGUCACACUCAAAGUUUUCUCCGGAUACUAUACAAAGGGUUACGCGCUCAUGAACUUUGUCGUCAAAUAUACUCCUGAGAGGCAAUCGUACCUGAGGCCCCACCAUGACUCCUCCACCUUCACUAUCAACAUUGCCCUCAAUAACAAAGACACAGACUUUCAGGGUGGCGGCUGUCGUUUCCAUCGAUAUAACUGCUCCAUAGAAUCACCUCGGAAAGGCUGGAGUUUCAUGCACCCAGGACGACUGACUCAUCUCCACGAAGGUCUACCCACCACCAAUGGCACGCGCUACAUUGCUGUCUCCUUCAUCGACCCCUAAAAAAACAACAACCAAAAAAAAACCCCUAAAAAACUGUCUGAUUUCACUGUAAUUGAAACGUUUGCUCUUCCCUUCUCGUCUUUGUGCAUUUUUGUGGCCCCGUUUUGUAGAUUUGCAUUUUUAAAGCUAUUUUGCUUUAAAAAGAUGAGCGAUUGCGUUCAACCAAUUUCUGUCAGACAGAACGUUGACUGGGGAAAAAGGGUCACGGCAAAUUCUUCCCUGAUGUACACAAAAGAGCUCGCAGGGUACACCGAUUUCAGACGCUCAUUUUCAGUUCGUAAAACAAAUGGCGGUGCUUUCAUGAGGUAUUUCAUGACCUCAUCAGGAUUUUACCAUUGUUGUCCUUUUGACUGUUGGCUGUAUCAGGCUAGUGUGCAGGUUGUCUUUUGUGCGUCCGAUGUGUUAACAUUUGAAAAUUUGAACAUGAUUUAUUGUGUU